CGCUUGCGCCCAGGAUCGCAGCAGGAGGCCGUCUUCGGCGCGCCGCCGGCCGCCGACAUGUAUGCAGCCUCCUCCGUCGCGGGUUCUGGGCACAUGCAGCGGGUCCCCACCCCCGACGAGUCGUACAAUCUACGACGCUUCACCGCGGAGAUGAUUGAGGCCCGUCAUUCGCUGCGCCACGUGGUGUGGCAGUUCCUCACGCUCAACGUCGACCUUGAUCAGCGCAUGGGCCUAGUAUUGAGGCGUUGCGCGAUCACGUACAUGGCCGUCAACAGCGUGUGUGUGAUUAUGUUGUUCGUCGUCGACCAGAGUACACGCCCUACAGACACCACCGCAGGCGUCUAUCAAUUACAGCUAGUGCUGUUAUGCGUCUGGACUGUCGAGUACGUGCUGCGAAUCUGGAGCUGCGUUGAAAAUAUUGGCGAAGAUGUAGCGGAACAUACGCAGAAACGGCGUUGCUGCGAGCGCUUGGGGCUUGUGAUCCAACCAUUGAUGGUAUUGGAUUUUCUGUCUAUCGCUGCCCUGCUUGUGGACAGCAUGCUCGAUGAGAACAGCUUCAGAGGCAUUUCAUCACUCCGCCUGUUGAGCCUGGUCCGUAUCGAGCGUGAUUGCGAGAUUAUGGGGCCGGUCUUGGGCGUUGUUAAAAAGAAGAAGCAAGAAUUGUUGGCGUCAAUGGCGCUGGUCGUUAUCCUGUUGGUCGUUGUUUCCGUUUGCAUGUACUACCUCGAGGUGGAGGACAACCCCGAAAAUUUCGGCAGCGUCCCCGCCACCAUGUGGUGGGCGUGCAUAACGAUGUCAACGGUGGGCUAUGGCGAUGCCUACCCCGACACAGACCUCGGUAAAGUGCUGGCUUCAGCGACAUGCCUCCUUGGAGCGGCCAUGUUCGCGCUGCCGGCUGGCAUCAUCGCGUCCGGGUUCCAGGAGGAGCGCGAUGAGGAGAGCGCCGCGGACACCCCACUCCUGGACCCGGGCAUCGAGGAAAUCCUUGCACGCAAGGUUGAUGGGCCGAUUUUCCACCACCGUUCCCAUGGCGCGGCACCUCGGCAGGCCGCCGAGCGGAGGCUGGACGCCGCGGCGGCGGAGGUGGCGGCGCUCCGGGGGGAGCUGCGGCAGCUGGCGGCCGCGCUGGGCGGGCGCGGCCGCGGGGCGGAGGCCUGCGGGGAGGCGGCCGGCGGGGAGGCGCGGGCGGCGCCCGCGCGGUCGCGGACGGGCUAGACGCGGUCGUCUGCGGCGCCCGCGGCGCAGGGCCUCGCCGCGGCGGACACCGUCCCGGGGUCCCUCGCGGGCGCCGUCGCCGUCGCCGUGGUCAUCGCAUCAUGCCACCCCCGCUGCUCAUCCUCCCCCUCUGCCCUCCCUCCUCCCUUGUGUCUCUCCUGA